AUGGGUCGGAUGUCCGUGAUGAUAGUAAAAACAACUCGAUAGAUGAAAUGUUUGUGUUCAUUUAAAAGUAGAAACAUUUCCUUUACUGUGGACUAUUCAUUUCUAAUUCCAGUUUUGCGUGAAAUCGUGUUUCGUUUAGAUCGUGUUAGAUCGACUGAUCAAGAGAAAAGGACAGACACGUCUGAAGUAACUUGGGUUGAUUUGAUUCUUGUUUUACCUUGCUAACUCUAGAAGAAAAUGUUUAUGCCAAGAGCACUCAAGGUAAAGCGACCUAUUGAAAGCACAAACUCAGUUUCGAAGAAGUGUAAGGUGCGCCAAGGCAACGAUGACAUUCCAGAAACCAUCACCCAUAUUUCCUCUGCAACUUCUAGGCCUACAGAAUGUAUGGAAAAAGAUCUGAACACUAAAACAAAAGGACAUCCAGUCCACCAAGACACAGACUCUCCAUCCCCGUCUAUAAGUUCUGUUCAUACAUCAGAGGAUUCCGAGGGGUCUCUGGCAGAAGAUAGCGAGGAGGAGGAAGAACCGGUUAAGUCAUUCCGAAAGAGCCAGAGAUGGCCCGAACCCGGGGAGCCCGUUUGCGUCAUGUGUGGUCGCUUUGGGGAGUACAUUUGUGACAGUACGGAUAACGACGUGUGCAGUUUGGAAUGCAAAGCCAAUCACCUGGCUAAAAUGGGAAUGAGCCUUGGGGAGGACGCAUUUAACCAUAAACAAAUAGGGGAAGCAAGGACCUCGCUGUCAGACCAGUUUUCUGCCGACAGCACUGAUACUAUUGUCAGGGACCUAGAGAAGGGCUAUUCCUACAAGGAUGAUCCAUUCAUUUCGGGUCUUACUGAGGAACAGGUGCAGAGGGUAAAACAGGAGCUGGGGAUAGCCACCCAGGGCAGAGAGGUAGCCAGACCCAUCAUUGAGUUUGAGCACUGUAACUUCCCUGUGACUCUUGGUGCCAACUUGAAGAAGGCUGGUUAUCAGGCACCUACACCAGUACAGAUGCAGAUGGUGCCUGUGGGUUUAACCGGCAGGGAUGUGGUCGCCAGCGCAGACACCGGCUCUGGGAAGACAGUGGGCUUUCUCCUGCCAGUGAUUGUGAGGGCCUUGGAGGCAUGUUCCAAUGCUUUCCCUCAGAGACCAGCAAUUGGACCUGCGGCUCUCAUCCUGACCCCUACCAGGGAGCUAGCCAUCCAGAUCGAACGGCAGGCCAAGGAGCUGGUGCUGGGGCUCCCCAACAUGAGGACAGCCCUGCUGGUUGGGGGCAUGCCCCUUCCCCCUCAGCUCCACCGCCUUAAACAGAACAUCAAGAUAAUAAUAGCCACCCCUGGACGACUCCUGGAUGUAUUGAAGCAGAAGGCAGUGAAGCUAGAUGCAGUGAGAGUUGUGGUGGUGGACGAGGCUGACACCAUGUUGAAGAUGGGCUUUCAGCAGCAGGUUCUAGAAGUUUUAGAUGACGUCCCUGAGGACCACCAGACUCUGUUGACGUCUGCCACCAUCCCCGUCGGAACAGAGCAGCUAGCAGCCCGGCUGACACAAGACACGGUCCGCAUCACCAUCGGGGAGAAGAACCAACCGUGUGCCAAUGUUAGACAGAUCCUGCUCUGGGUGGAGGAGCCCUCCAAGAAAAAGAAGCUAUUUGAGAUCCUAAAUGAUAGGAAGCUUUACCAGCCUCCUGUGGUGGUGUUUGUGGACUGUAAGCUAGGAGCAGACUUGUUGUGUGAGGCUAUAACAAAGGUGAUGACCCUCAACACUGUGGCCAUCCACUCUGACAAAACCCAGUGGGAACGCAACCGCAUCCUCAAGGGUCUUCUCGAAGGGGACUUUGAGGUGGUGGUCAGCACAGGAGUGCUGGGCAGAGGUCUCGACUUGGCAAAUGUCAAGCUGGUGGUGAACUUUGACAUGUCCCCCAACAUGGAUGAAUACGUUCAUCAGGUUGGCAGAGCAGGAAGGCUGGGCCACAGGGGGACAGCUAUCACAUUUCUGAACAACAACAACAAGCGCCUGUUCCUGGAGGUGGUGAACCGGGUGAGACCCACAGGCUCCCAGCUUCCUCCACAGCUCCUCAACUCUCCCCACCUCCACGAGCAGCAGAGGAGAGAAAAGCAGAAAGCCAAGGCAGCUGGGGGCCUGGAUGACAAGGACACCAUAGUCACCAAGAGCAACCUCAUGGAUAUCAUCAGGAAGCACUCCAGGAGUUCAAAGAAAUAAAAGGCUUCUGUGGAAUACACUUGUAAUUUAUUUGGAUGCACUCGGUACAUGUCUAUGUUUUGUGAUAUUUAGAUGAAUAAAUGGAUUGAAAAUAAACAACUUGUCUUUCCACAAAAA